GCUUGUCCUUCCCAUCCCGGCUGAGCCGAUGGCUGCUCCUCCACCCGGACAGGGCAUUUCCAUGGAAUCCUUCGGCACCACAGCAUGGAGCUCAUGAGUUCUGCUGAGCAGGAAUGACCCUUGCUAAGCUGCACCCACGUGGCUUUUACACACAGCCCUUGCCACCCGUAGGGAAUUCGGGCAUCCAACCUGGAGCAGUGCUCGGGUGCUCCUGCAGUCUGGGGCUGAUUCCUCCCAGUAAACCCUGCACGAUGCCUCCCAUCACAUUCCAGGACCUCCCACUGAACAUCUACAUGGUCAUAUUUGGCACCGGCAUCUUCAUCUUCGUGCUCAGCCUCAUCUUCUGCUGCUACUUCAUCAGCAAACUGCGGCACCAGGCGCAGAGUGAGCGGUUCGGGUACAAGGAGGUGGUUCUGAAAGGUGAUGCCCGCAGGUUGAAUGUGCACGGGCAGACCUGUGCCGUCUGCCUGGAGGACUUCAAGGUGAAGGAGGAGCUGGGGGUGCUGCCGUGCCAGCACGCCUUCCAUAGGAGGUGCCUGGUGAAGUGGUUGGAGGUCCGCUGCGUCUGCCCCAUGUGCAACAAACCCAUGGCCGGUCCCGCACAGCCCCGCGCCGGCAUCGGCACCCUCCUGGAUGAGCUGGUGUGAGCCAGAGCCCUGCUGGAGCCAUCGCGGGACCAGUUCAUUCCCAGUUCAUUUCCAGUUCAUUACCAGUUAAUUCCCAGUUCAUUUGGGAGCUGGGAAUUGCAACCCGCAGGGCGCUGGUUUGGCU